UUUCCCUUUUUUUUUUUUCUUAAUCUUUUAAUCUCAGUAAUGUCAACAUGAAUAAUUCAACAGCUGCAUCAACCACUUGUCGAUCAACUACAAACCGGUUUAGUACAUCCAUAGUUAGAUCAAGAUCUAACUUUUCCCUCUUUUCAGAAAACAACCGAAAACAAGAUUCUCGAUCACGACAGACAACAGCGGGUCUAGAAUUUACUGGUGAAGAUUUGACUAGAAAUAUUGGAUCUGACUAUCAAGAAAUCGAAAUCCGUACAUUAACGAGAUGGGUCAAUGCUCAACUGAAAAAAGUAGGCGAUUCAAUAGAUAAUAUUAGUACUGAUUUAAGAGAUGGUAAAAAACUUUUGAAACUCUUAUCAGUUCUAUCAAAUGUACCAGCACCUAAACCUGAGCGUAUGAAUAUGCGUAUUCACCAACUUUCCAACGUAGCCCAAGCUCUUAAUUUUCUAGAGAAACAUGUAGGAACUGAUAAUAUGCCAGAUAUUGGGAAUGAAGCUAUUGUUAAUGGAGACGCUAAAAAGACUUUAGCUUUGAUUUUUUUUAUCAUGCUUAAAUAUCAAAUACAACUUAUUCUACUGGAGCAUGGUGAAGAUUUUAUGCAAUCGUUAUCUGAGUUAUCAAAACAAGAAAAUGGCCUGAUAUCACAGACAUCCGAUUUAAAUACAGAAGCCUCUCAAGCAGCAGCUGUAAAUACAUCUUCAUCACAUACAGCUACUAAAAAAAUCAGUAGUAGCAAACAACAUUCAAUAAGUGGGAAAUCACAACAACAACAACAACAUACCUCUUCUUCUACUGAGGCAAAGGUAGCCCUUUUGUAUUGGGUGCGUAUCCAACUAGAAGAUUAUAUUGCUGCAAAUAUUAUACCCUCUAUUCAGGAUUUCUCCAGAUCAUGGAGAACUGGUGUUGCAUUUUGUUUGUUAAUUCAUCGCCAUAAUCCUGCUUAUAUACCCGACCUCUUUAGCGUUCAUCUCAAUGCUGAUUUAUCUGAGAAAGCAACAUGGUAUCAACUACUAAGGUUAGCCUUUGAUUUAGGUUCAGAGAAAUUAGGGGUGGAAGCCUACUUGGAACCUGAAGAUCUCGUCAAUGUUGAUUAUCCUCAUGAACCAAGUGUCAUGAUGUAUGUUAGUGAAUUUUAUAAGGUCAUAUCAAAAUAUGAGAAAGAAGAGCCUCUAACGAUUAAACGUGAACGUGCUGUCAAACGAAAAGCAGCUAUAGCUAUGGUAACUGGAGGAGAAGCGCUAGACAAGAAUGAUCGUCCUUUUGUAAAUGACAGUGAAGAAGUAGUAGUCAGAUGUGCGUCACCUACGUCUUUAUUUCAAGAAAAUAAUGAUAAAGGAGAUAUAAAUAUGGAUAUACAACAAGAAUCAUCCAUCCCUUUUUCGUUAACGCCAGUAAAUUGUAAAAAGGAGACAGUAAAACAAGAAUCAACAUUAAAUGGGACUGAUAAAGCCCGUAUUAAAGCUGAUUUAAAUUGUAAAUUAUUAAUGCAGUUAACUGGCCACUUACCUCGUGGUGUACAUCCUGUUCUUGAUGAAUUGAUUACAAUUCAUGAAACAGUAUUGUCUUUUAUCGAGUCUAAUACAAAAGCUAUAAGUGAAUAUCCGGAACUGUUUUCUAACUUGACAGAAGUUUCGGAAUAUAUGAAUGCGCUUAAAAUUAUUACAAAACAGACUGAGAUCGAGGCCGAGCAUUUGGAAAGAGCAAAUAAAGCAUAUGCUAUCUUAACUACGCCUCCUGAAAACAUGAAUGAUGCCAUCAUUCAUCUUACAGAAUCACAGCAAGUACAAGUAACCAAACUAUAUAACAUGUUGGAAACAGAAUGGGAACAGUUUAUAAAACUCUUAAGGAUAACAGACAAAAAUAUGCUAACUAUUAAGAACACAUUUUUAGAAAACGAAAAGAAUUCGGAAAUAUAUAUAGCACAUGCAAUUGACCUUGAGAAAGAACUUGAUAACUUUAGAGAACAGCUCUCACAUAUUGCACCGUUAUCAUCACCAUCUCCCAUAUCAGAUUAUGGAGCAAACGAUAAGGACACGAGUGAUUCAGCAAUGUCACUUCGACUACAUCCAUUAGGAGGAUCUCAGGCAGUAGCUAAUGCUUAUCAACGUGAAUUGUUACUCUUUAUUAAAAGGUUUACCCUUUUUCAAGAUUCAACAUGGAAAAGUUUCAAAACAGAAACAAAUCAGCUUUCAAGAACGGUUAUGCAAAUCGUUUCCCCAUAUUCGGAUCGUAUCAUGAAAUCAUACGAAUUACUUGUACAAGAUUUGGAAAGAGAGCAAACAUUAUGUGAAAACUUUCAACGAGGACUGACGAUUGCAAGCGUGAUUAGAAAUAUUGAAAUUGAGCUUGAAGAGAUUCAGGCCAUGAUGAGUGACGAUAACUGCGAAAAGGCUACUACGGAUGAUCGAAUUCAAAUGUUAGAAACUCGAGUAUCAACUGUUCGAUCUACUAUCGAUAGUAUAAAAGAAGACUAUAAUGAUUUAUUAACAAAUGAUGAACGAUUGAUUGAACUAUUUUCUGGAAUUCAAGCUAAAUAUGAAACAGUGAAUGAUUGGGUUGAUCAGGUUCGUGUUUGGUUCAUUGAAGCACAACGUGUACGUAAAUGGAUUGAAUGCCGAAUUGAACUACUACAAGAGAAUAACAAAUUAUUUACGAUGGAUCCCCUUAAUGUUGAUUUUGUACCUGAAUUGUGGGAUAAUGAAGAGACUCAAAAAAUUUAUAAAGAACAUGAGAAGCUUUUAGGAGAAGUUGAAAGAUUUAACAAGAACGACAUGACUCGUCUUCGUUCCCAUGUUCGUACUUUAACGAGUAGUGCAAAUUGUAGUCUUAGCCCUGCUGAUGUAUCCACGAUUGAAAUUACAUUAACCACAUUGACCAUUUUAGACAGUUUAAUGUGUUUACUUCAACAAAGAACAAAGCUUGUGGAAGCGCUACGAUCUCGUCUUUUAUGGGAAAAUCUAAUCGUCAAAGCAAACAAAUGGUGUCAACAGAAGGAAAUUGAAAUAAUAGAAUUUAUGAAAACCAAGGCUCGCUGGUCAGAGCCAAGAGAAGAUGAAACUCCUAUAGUUAUCUUAAAAAGAAAUACAGAAGAAAUAGUUCAAAUUUUAAUUUCUUUGGAGCAUAGUAUUGACAAAUUUGACAAGAGUGAUUAUUCAGCUGUAUUAGAUGCUUACCAAGGAAUGGAGGACAUUGAAGAAGAUUUACCAGAUGACCUAACAAAACGUGAAGAAGAAUUUGAACGACAAUUUGAGCUGAUUAUGAAGCGAUGUGCUCUUGCGCGUAAAAUUGUAGAACAAUACCUCGUAGUAAGCGAUACCAUCGUUCAAUUCAGAAAAUUAAAGGUACAAGGUGAAAAGCUUAAACUAGCAAUGAUGAAUAGCAAUAGUAUCUCCUUUAAAGUGGCAGACAGUAGCUCUUUUAGUGAGAGUGUUCAAUUAUUUAAAGACAACUCAUCACAUUGGCUGACAGUCUCUUUAAAACGUAUUCCUUAUCCCAAAACUCCUACUGAAUUAAGCGAUUUUUUUGAGAUCAAUGAAGCAGAUAAUAAUGUAAUUCGUCAUCAAAUGUGUAACAAGUUAACUUAUCUAGCAGAAAUCACAGAAGAAUUGGAUAAAUUACUUUCAUUCUAUCGGGAGAACCUUCCCUUACAGGAACGAGCAAGCAGUGCUUAUAAUGAUGUACUACGUAUCAAUGCAUGGAUAGAGGAACGUCUUCGUAUUCUCCAAAAGUUUGAUGCAUCUAUUUUGAAGGAGGAUAAACUAGUCGUUUUGGAGGAUAUAGCUUUGGAUCGACUUGAAAAAGAGCAGGAAGAAAUUUCCAGUAGAUUUCAACAGAUAGAAUCUCAUGAUAUAAAUAAAGCACUUGAGGUUGUUCAUCUUUUGGAGACGGAAAUAGAUAAAGUGAAUUCUAUUUCAAUUGAUCGUAAUGCAUUAGUUACUAGCAUUGGUGAAUUAAAAUGUAAAACUGCUCAGCUUAAAGCAGCUUUGGAACUAAGGACGCAUGAAAUUAUUAUACUAAGAAGACGAAUUAGUUGGGAAUCACAAUGGGAGGAAGUACAUUGUUCCAUUUAUGACUUGGCAUCCCAACUUUGGGAUUUUUAUAGCAGAUAUGCACAGUAUGAUAUUGAAGGUUUAAAGAAAAGAGAAAGUAACAAAAGUACUAUUUUUCAAGAUGAUGUGGUGCAAAAGGAUAUCUUAUUCUCUCAACUUUCGGAACAGGUACUCAAAUUAGAGAAUGAUUUCCCUAUCUUGAGUUCAAAUUCAACUGUGUUUGAAAGGCUUCAGGAAGCAUAUAGUGUGUAUAGUCAUCUAUGUAUAAAUGUCACAAAUACAAUUGAAUAUAUCAAUUUGAAACAAAUGUCUAUAAAGACUGAGUAUCAGCACUUACAACAGUUACUUGAUAAUGUAUAUAAUACUAUGAAACAAUGUGAUGUUAUUUCAAGCUUUAAUACAUCUUACGAUCAGGUUAUAAUAGAUGGAGAACUAGCUAUAAAGGCUCUGCACAAAAUAUUGAGAGGAUCACUUGUUAACACUGAAAAUCGAAAUAAGCCCAUAACAACUUUAACACUACAAUCAGUUAGCGAUAUCAAUAAACGAAAUGAUGAAAAAAUAAUGGAAAGCUUAACGUCAAUAAAAUAUCAGAUUUCUCAACUUUGCAAGCAAAGUGAAACCUUUCAAUACCUUAAUAAUGAUUGUUUAUUUGAAGAUUUAAUACAGCAAACUUUGCUCAAACCAGUUGACUAUAAUCAACAAAUUAAAGAGCUUAUUAGUAGGAAAAUUGACACACUUUUGAAAAUGAAUGAGGCAAUAGAUAAUCUUUUAGUAUCCUAUCGUAAUGCUGAUUCUAUGAUUCAAGAAUUUUAUAAAUGCCAAGAAGAAGCUCUCAAUAUUCAGCAAUGGUUUGAUAACACAAUGUUAUCAUUAAACAAUGUUCAUAUUGAUGUUGCUUCAACUUCCUUUGAUUUAUCACAACAUAUAAUACUUGACUCUCGAUCUAAAAUUACUCAAUUAUUGACUAUACUGAAGCAAAAGGAGUCAUCAGAUAUAGUCUCUUUUCAAGAAAAAAUUGAAUGGUUAGUAAGCAAGGUGAAAGAGAAUACUGAAGCUAAUAUGGAAGGAAUCAUUGAUGCGUACAAAGAUCUGAAUGAGAAUGUGUUACGAGGAAUAAGUGUUCUCUUUCAAUCUGCAGUUACACAAACACAAGUUUUAGAUGCUGCAGAAGCACGUUUAAAGUGGGAGGCUGAGAUAAAUGACGUUAAUCAUAUUAUUCAACUAUUGAAUAACCAACUCCAGCAAUACAUUUUGAAAAAGAAUAAAUGCGUAGCUCAACAAGAAGACCUUUUAAAAGAUACUAUUGAAGAAUUGGAGCUGGAGCGUUCGCAAAUUGAUAAUCAACUCCAAAUGAUUAAAGCCAAUCGUUUACCUACUUUAACAGAAUAUUAUAUUCAAAUGGAGUCAUGUUUUGUGAAACUGCCUUUGAUAAAAGUAAUCCCUAUUCAUAUGAAAGAACGCGCAGAGGCAUUAUCUCAUUCACUACAAAAAGUAGAUGAAGCAAAUUUGUGGAGGGGAAAGGAAUUGGACUAUAUAUAUCAGAGAUAUGAUUUGGAGAACAAUAUAAAAAAGGCUGCAGACUCUCUGUCACAAUAUGUGAAAUUAAUCAAUCAUUUGAUAGAAACAAAGGGGAGAUGGAACUUCAAUGGUGAUUUUGAUAUUCAUUAUCAGCAAGUAAUUAAAGAAACAAAUGCCGAAUGGAUGACCUUGAAUCAAAAAUUUAAUAGUUUUUGCGAUACUAUACUGUACAAUAUUAAACAAAAAAAUCAAAAUUUACAAGAAAUCUCUGCUGCAAUGCAACCAGGAUUUAUGUUAGAACUACAUCAAAAAAAUAUUGAAUUGUUAUCACAAACAGAGAGUUCAAUUGAAGCUGAUUUUUCUUUUGCUCUUAAGGUGAUUUUGCAAAAGGAGCAAAUAGCAGUUAUCUUGACUAAAUCAUCACAAUUAGAAAAAAAUGCUGAAAUGAUUCAUGAAAUAUUGUUACCAUCUACUAUAAAAUCCGAUUUUCAGUCGACUUCAUCCACAUAUGAACCAGCAAAAGAAGUAGAAAAAUUUACUCAACAAGUAAAUGAUCUUAAAUUGUACUCAAAAACUGAAUUAUUAAUGCCAAAAAGGUCAAAUGAUAAAAAUCAAGCAAUUUCUAUUAAAGUGAAAGAUAAGACAAUGAAUUCUGUUAUUCAGGAUAUAAUCUCUACAAAAUUUGAAAUAUUGGAUGGAUUAGUUGAAAGCCUAUCAGCAUUAAUUAAAUCUCGAGAAGCAUUUAGUCAACUUCAAUACGUAAUGAAUGCUUUCAAAAAGCAAGCUUCAGUAUGCCAAAGUUGGAUUUUAUUGAGGCAAGAUACCCUCGAGAAAAGUAUUCAACUUUUGGAUGAUGAUAAUGUAUUAUUGAAACCGGAUAAUUUAAGAGAUGCAGUGAGUGAAGCGGAUAGCAUUCAAAUGGCUAUGACAGCACAUGAUAAUAAUUAUAUUUUACUUUGCAAGCAUAAAGAAAAAUAUAUUGCAUAUUUUGAUCAACAGACUUUAUUUGACAAUACUGAUGAUGGAGACUAUAAUUGUGUGAUGGAAAUUUUCGACAAGAUAAGCUGUCAAUGGAAUGAUUUAUUAACUGAAAUAAGAGGGAUAUCUCAUGCAUUAUCCUCUGCCCUUUUACCCGCUGAAGUCAAUUAUCGUAUUGCUACUCUAAUAUCAUCUUUUGAAUCACUUAAUAACCAGAUCCAUUCUACGGAAGUACAUUUAGUAACUGAUAAUGAACUUAGUGGGUGGCAAAAAAGAAUUGAUUUCUUAGAAACAAAAGAAUAUAAUCAACUUCUUUCUCAAAUGAAUGAGUACAAGCAUAGUAUGACAGUAGAAUCAAUAGAAUCACUAAUAGCACAGCUAGAUCAUGCAGGAGAUAUUAUAUUAGAAAUUCGUGGCGCUUUAACUUUCUUGUAUGAUGCAAUUAAUUCAAACCAUCUUUUCAUAACUCAUAUUGAAAAUUCUGAACUUUUUCACACUUGUGCUGAGAAGCAAAUAAUGCUAAUUGAUGAACUACAAUACGAUAAAUUACAGCUAGUAACUAACAUAAAAAGGACAGAAGAGAGAUUAUACCACUUUCAAACUCUUACUGAAAAACAUAAACAAAUCCAAGAUACUAUCAUUGAGUGUCAAGGCUUUUAUGAAGAUUCAUGUUCUUACUAUAAUAUCAUUAAAUUGCAGAAUGUAGUUACUGCUAAAUCUGACGAUGCGCAACAAACUGUAGAAGCUACUUGGAAGAAGAUACUACUAAAGGUUUCAGAAUUUUCAUCUUUUACUACGAGAACAUCAAAAUGGAUAGAAGCAUGUGAAAAGUUAGAUAAAUUGGAAAAUAUUCUAAAAGCACUCAAAUCCGAAAUUAAUAAAGUGGCAGAUAAUAGCAUUCAUACAUCCACUAUUACCAAUAACAAAAUGAAAAAAUAUAAGCAACAGCUUCUGAAGAUUUCAAUAAAUCAAGAAGAGCUAGACAAUACAGUAAAAAAUACGAAUGAUUUAUGCAAAGAUAUCAAUAAUAAAAAUGAAUUCCUUAAAUGUAGUCAACAAGUUCAUACAUUACGGGAAUCUAUUCAGAUGUCUUUAAACAAAAAACGAAUGGAUAAAGAAAGAAUAAACUUAUUUGAGUUAUACAAGACUGAGGUUGCCAAGGUUUUAAAGAUAUGUGAAGAUCAAAUAACGUAUAUUCAACAGCAAGUGAAUACGAAUCCUGAAUAUCACCUAAAGAAAGCAGAAACAAUUAAUAAUACUAUAAACGUCUACAGCACUGCUUUAUUACAUAUUCAAGAUAAAUAUAACGAAUGCAAACUCAAAUGUGAUGGUGUGAUCUCAAAUCAAGCUUCAAGGCUUCUUAAAGUACUUGGACAUCCUUACUCUGUAAUAAAAGAAUAUGAAGCAAAUUUAGCUAAUCGAAUGGAAGAAUUAAAACUAUCUUUGAAGACUGAACAGAAUUAUAUAACAGUGCUCAAGUUGUUAAGUCACCUACUAAAGAAUGAUAAAGAAAUUAUUAGAUCAAUUAAUGAGCUCAAGGCAACUGUUUCUUAUUCCUACAAUGGUAAUAGACUCAAUUAUAGAACAACACGUGCUCGAAACUUGCCAGAACUGGAAGAAUUUAUGCAGCGUUAUGAACAAAUUGAAAUCUCUAUUCAGAAAUUCAAUCAGAACAGUAAUGAUCUCAAACAAAAAUUGAAUAAACAUGAAAAAUCGACACGUGCAAAGAUAAUUAUUAAAAUUAUUGAUAAACAUGUGGAUGAUAUAGAUAAGAGAUGGACAGAGAUUGAGUUAUCAGCUGAUGAUACACGUAAAAGACUUAAUGUACUACAUAAACGUCAAAUUGUAUAUUCCAAAAUUAAUGAAUCACUAAAGUAUGUGAACAAUCUGAGAGAUCGAGUUGAGGCACUACAGUUAUCUGGCAAAAGUAUUUUUGUAGAAGAGCAGGAAUUAGAUAAAGUGCAAGAUGAAAUCGAUAGAGUGCUUAUAAAAGAUAUAGAUGAUAUAGAUGCACUUUUAAAAUGUAUUAGUCAAGAGGAGAUGCCGAAAGCACUGACAACGUCAACUUCUGAAGUCGCAUUAAUAAAUCAGCGUGACAGUUUAGCGAGCUCAAUAGAUAAUUUAUGCCAACUAUUGGUUCAUCGUCGAGAACAGGUACAUACAGAAGGAAGUAUCACUGAAUUUUUUGGUACUAUAGAACUGAUUGAUGAAGAAAUAGCAAAAUUAUAUAUAAUUAUUGAGAAAACUUCUGUACAGAAUGCGAAUGUCAUUGGAUCCAAGUUUGAUAAAGCAGACUUACAAUCACUAUUAAAAAGAUUAACUUCAUCUUACAAAAAGAGUGAACAAAAUGUGACAAGCUUUUUUGAAAAGGCUAGAUUUGAAUCUCAAAAGCAAUUUCUUCAUGAUAACGAAAGGGUUGCUAAGCAAUUACUGAAGACACUAAAUGAUUGGUCCACUGUACAGGCUUCAUAUGUAUCAAGAGAAAAGGAAUUGCAAGCAUGCAUUAGAGAACUUAACCAUGAAUUUUUCACUAAACUAGCCAUAGCUAAAACGUUACCUAAAAAGCGUACACCAAGAUAUCAGAGCCAAUAUACGAAUACAAAAUCUGGCUCUCGAAACUUUAAAUCACCAACUUUUUCAACUGAAAAAAAAAUCUCCUCAACUGAUCAGUUAUUUUCCCGAACAUCAAAAGCACGUAAUAAUGCAGUAUCUUACUACGACGGUACAAAAUAUAUUCCCGAUCCCAAAAAUGAGCUGGAUGUUCAGUUAGGCUUGAUUCUAAACAAGAGCCCCUAUCGUAUAAAGGUGAAAAUGGUGCCUGGAGAAGUUGGUAAAUACUGGUUUGGUGAAGAACAUCCAAAAUUAAUUUAUUGCCGAAUUUUAUCCAGCAAGACAGUAAUGGUACGUGUAGGGGGUGGUUGGAUAGAGCUCUCCAAGUAAGUAUUGAAAAAUUUACUGCAUAUUCAAUGUUACUCAUAUGAUAUUAUUACUACUUUAUUAUGCUAUACAUUUUAUUAAAGAUAUAUGAAAGAUCAUGACCAAAAUGCUAACUCAGCUACAAAAUCAAGCAAUGGGGAAACACAGAAUAUUAUAAUGAAAACUGUUAUAGACUCUAGCGAUAAAUUUGUGAAUAUUUCUGCUACAGUAGGGAGCAGCUCAUCCACAGAUUCAUCUACUGUAGUUUCCAAUACUCGUGAAACUAGUGAUAUUAGUAGUUAUUUGUCGAAUAAAUCGUCAAACACAUUAUCUGGUUAUAUGAAAGGGGAUAAAUUCAUUCAAGCUGAU